UGUCUAACUCAAAACUACAUAUUUUGUGCUAUAAGAUUCAACUUCAGUGGUGUUUAACAAUUGAAGGCAAGAAACACACACACACAGUGCUCUUUUGAGGAUCGCAGGCAUUGGAUUUGGUACUAAAUCCCUGAAGUGUGUAACCUGAUCCUGGCUUUGCUGUAGAGCUUUUCGGCUGACGUGUGAGGGGAAGAUCGCAAGGAGAGCACUGAGAAAUCUGCUGUCAGAGAAUAGCUUCUGCUUCGCCCGUGAGAAAAAGUGAUCGCAAGCUGACGAGUCUUUGCUGUGAAGGAAUCAACUCUAGUCCCAAAUUUGCCAUCAACUGACGGUGUUCAUGAGAAGCUUCCCAACAUCGAUCGACUUGUGAUACAGUGAGAAAGAGAGAGAGAGAGAGAAAGAGAGAAGCCAAGAGAGAGACUCCUGAAGACGCACACCGAGUAAAACUUUGAGGCUUUGUCCUGACAUAUAUCUGUGAGUGUUUCGCGUGUGAUUACCACAAGGAAGAGAGCACAAGAGCAAGUCGCAGAGAUGGCCACAAUGGUGAAUAUGAACAAUCUGCUGAACGGCAAGGACUCACGCUGGCUCCAGCUGGAGGUCUGCCGUGAGUUUCAGCGCAACAAAUGCUCACGCCCGGACACCGAGUGCAAGUUCGCCCACCCACCGGCAAAUGUGGAGGUCCAGAAUGGUCGAGUGACCGCAUGUUACGACAGUAUUAAGGGACGAUGCAAUCGCGAGAAGCCACCCUGCAAAUAUUUCCAUCCGCCACAGCAUCUCAAAGAUCAACUCCUCAUCAACGGCAGGAAUCACUUGGCCCUCAAGAAUGCUCUCAUGCAGCAGAUGGGCAUCGCUCCCGGACAGCCGGUGAUUCCCGGUCAGGUGCAAACAGUGGAUGUCCAGAAUGGAAACACAUCUGUAUCGCCUAUAGGAUUUUCACUUCAAUUUGGAUCGCAGCCCAUUAUGGCCACAAAUCCCUACCUGACCGGCAUGCCGACGAGCACCUAUAGUCACUACUUCGCGCCUGGUCACCUGAUGCCAACCAUCCUAGGCCCGGAUCCAUCCACAGUGUCGCCGCUGGGUCCAGUCGUCCCGCAAGCCGUUCCAGUCGCCCAGCAGAAGAUACCGCGAUCGGACAGACUCGAGACUGGCCCCGUGGCGAGUGUCGCUUCCGGACAAAUUCUGAGCACCUCAGCCGCCGCCGCUGCCGCCGCAGCCGCUGCUGCCAAUUUGCCGCCGCCUCACGCCGCCCCGGCUCCCCUGAGCGCCGUCCUUGGCCAUCCAGUGGAAGUUGGCAAGAAGCGUGCCGCCGAGAAUGAUGCCAUGUUCCAACUGAUGGAUGUCAAAUCCGUUGGAUCCUUCUACUAUGACAAUUUCUUACUGGACACCCUCCCGGUGUGCCAAGAUUUUAAUAAAUCCAAAUGCAACCGUCCAACUUGCAAACUUGUACACUUAACUGAAGUGGACAAAGUCGAAGUGACCGAUCAGAGAGUUGCCGUGUGUCGAGAUCACGCCAAUGGAAAUUGCAGACGUCAUCAUUGUAAAUAUUAUCACAUCCCGGUUCUACUGCCGCCUGCAAGUGUGAUGUCUGCCUUGUACAGAACUUCGUCGUCUUCUUCCUCCCUCGUGGCCGUGACCUCAAACUAGCAUAACCCAAGGAAGGCCAGCUUCGGCUGUUUUGUGUGCAAAGAUGCCUGGACGCAAAAAUCAACCAUCAGGAAUGGAAUAAAGGAAAAUCAAAAGAAAAGUGCGGAGAUGAUUGAAGAGCAUUGACUUCCGUGGAAGAGAAGAGAAAGGGGAGGUAGUAAUUUUUAAAUUAUUCAACUAGAAUUAACAAAUUUCUCUAUGAAUAGCAUAGCUGAUAAGAGCGCUGAGGAAUUUUUUUAUUUGGAUAAAAUUGUGGAAAUGGAAGUGUAACGAGGUGGAAAAUAGAAACAACAAUUUUUACUGACACGUCCUACUGGAGCAACGAUAAAUUAACAAAGAGGAAAAUAAAAUAGAAAAUGGAAGAUUUUACAUGAUACAAAAUAUGACGUUUGUAUUGAAUAUUUUGAAUAUAAGCACUUUUGAACGAUAUUUCGCAGGCAAACAUUUUCCUAUUUUUUUCAAAACCGAAAUUGGGUCAAUUUUUUUAUGUUUGUUUUUUUCGGAGAAGUCAAUCAACACGAAAAAAAACUGUUGUGACGAUGGGUGAUCUUUAUAAAAGACACCCAAGAUAAUUUGGUGGUUAAUUUUUUUUGAUCAAGUUUUGUUGAACUCAAUUUCUUCAUGUUAGUUUUUAAAACCCAACUUUCCUAUCUUACGUUAGAGUUUUCUUUUUUGUUAUAUUCUGUACAUAACUAAAAUAUCUUAUUUCAAAAAAGGACCUCAGAAAUAUUCAAAAAAAAAGAAGAAGAAGUAAAAGAAUAUAAAUCGAAAAGAAUACUCAUCAAUAAAGAAUAACUAACAAUAAAUCUACUAAUAAAUUUAGACUCUAUCUCUAGAAUUCACUCACACACAAAAAAAAUCUUAUCUUAAAAGGAUGAAUAAAGUAUGAUGAAUAUUCUAAAAAAAAAAAAUUAAUUAUAUUAAACUAAGAAAAUGGAAAGAUGAGGAAAAAAUCGUGGGAAGAUACUUUCUGCAAUCUUUACCUGCAAAAAAUCAGAGACAAUUAAGUAAAGAAGAAAAUGAGGCGAAGAAUUAUUGAAAUUAGGGGGUGGAAAAAAAGGGGUGAAAUCAAUGAAGAAUAAAAUGUAUUUUUAUACUAAGAAUUAUUGAUAAAUGAAAAUCAAUUUGAUUUUAUAUACAAAAUAUAUUACAUUGUAUAAUAUACCUUAAUUAAGAGUGACAACAUAAAGUGGUGAAGAAGAAAAUGCGUGGAUAAAAAUUAUUCACAAAACAAAUAAGAAAAAAAAUAUGACGUAUAGAUUUUAGUGAAAGUCGCGAAUGUCAAGCCUAGAAUUUACCGAUAUCAGUUCGAAAUUUCAACAUUCCGGCAUUUUGGUUUCAUCUUAGAGAAAGAUUUUUAUCAGAGAACUUAAAUCACACUUUUUCUAUUUUUACACAUUUACCAAACUACGUAAAAAAAAAAGUUAAUUGAUUGCGUUUCAGAGCUGAGCAGCUUGACAGAAUUAAGAAGAACUUCUUUAGGGUAAAAGAGUUUUCUUUUUUUUUUGCCAUUAUAAUUCACAGUAUGGAAAAGAAGUAUAGAACUUACCAUUAGAAUUAAGUCCAUAGUAAGUCUUAAAAAAUUUAAAAAGUGAGAUACUUGAGUGUAAGUUAAAGUAAAAAUAACUAAAUUCAUUAAAAUUACACAUUAGUUAGGAUAUUUUACAAAACAAGGUGAAUGUUAAAAAUAUAAUAAGUAUAAAAAAUGGUAAAAAAAAACAAAUUAUUUUCAACUCUAUUUUACUUUAAAAUAACCCGGAAGAAAUUUCUAAGUGUACAUAAAUGAUAAAAUUUCACUGUGAAUGCAUGAGCAACAAUAAGAAGAUUUAUCGAAAAUGGGAAAAAAUAGCAACAUUCAUUUAUGACAUUGUAAUAUUUUGUUGAGAAUAAUCAGCAAUUUUGUUCGAUUUGUUCGAAGAAAACUGUAAAAAACAAAAACUUUGUAAAAAGUAUUUUUAAUGGAAUAACAUGAAAUUGCAAAACUCCCCAACUUCGGGUGAGUUAUCGCAAUAGGUAAGACAGUAGAAGAAAGAAACAUCGUUAAAAAUGUUUUUGAAAAAAUGCGAGAAGUUAAUGCAUUUUCGCGCAUUUUGUUUCGCAUUGAAAAUAAAACACAGUGGCUAAAUGUAAAACCGAAUGGAAAAUGAAUAAUCUGGAAGUAGAUUCAUGGAAAAAAAAGAUCAGAGUGGAGCCAAUUGGAUGUAAAAAAAAAAAACGAUAUUAACUGAAAAAAAUUAAAACAAUCUCAAAAUUAUCAUAUAAUUUUCGAGAAGGUCGCGUGUAUUUUUAAUUUUUGAAAAAUAAUAAAUGAGAAAAAGAAUAUUUUGAUCAUUUUCACGAUUUGAUUCAACGAAAGAAUAAAAAAAAAAUGAUGCGGAAAUUAUUGAGUGGAUAAAUUGUUAUUUGAAACUAAAUGCAAACUGUGAUAACAUUUUAGGUAGUGGAUGAAAAAAGCUGUUUUGAGAGGGUUGAAGAGUAAAAGAGAGAACAAAAAUAACUUGAGGAAUUCAGAUUAGGAAUGGACAUUUAAAAAAUGCGAAGAUAAUUUUUUGGUGACGAGACGUUUUUACAAAAGAAAAUACUUAUUUAGUCACAAUGAGAAAUAAAAUGAAACAAUAUACAAUAUAUUAAAAAAAAGAAGAGAAAUCUUUACAUGGGAAAUAAUUGAGAAUCUAGAGAAUAGCAUCGAACUUCAAUGCAACGCUUCCAAAAUUUUUGAUCCUCAAGAUGUAAUUUUUUUUUUUAUUUGAGACAAAAAAAGGAUUGAAACAGAAUGUUUCCACUGACAAUUCCUCCCGCUUUUCCUUUUCGCAAGUUAUGAAAAAAAAACAACACACAAGAAGCAGUGCGAAUCCAGGCCUGAAAGUAAAACAAGAAAACUUGUUAUGUUUUUCUCUUUGGUCAAAAUUUUUUCUAGUCAUUGCGCGAAAUUUUCUAAAUUUCACGAUUCAACGCGCUUUAACUUUUGCGUUUUCAUCUCGAAUUUACUCGCAUUUUCAUUUAGAAGUUUUGAAUUUUGGUUUAUCGUAGGAUAAAUCGAUCACAUAUGGGCGGAGUUUAUGUGUGGGCGGAGCUUCGAUAUGACGUUUCCUGAGCGAUAAAUUUGUUCUUGAGUCACUUGAAAUUUUGCUUUGAGAAAAAUUCAAAAACAACGCGAAAAACUCCACAAAUCACACGCAUGCACACUUAAAAAAAAAGAGUUUUCAAGAAGAAGAAAAAGAAAUCACGAAAAAGCCACUAGAAUACAUUUCUUCUCAAUAUGAGAAGAAACAAUUUAUAAGGAGUAAAAUUAAAAAUGCCAUUUUCCUGGAUGAAGGAGGUGAAAAUCUUAAUGAAUUAGUCAUCUAAGUUGUAAAAGAAGUGAAGAAGAGAAGUGUUUUAUCUGUAAAUAAUGGUGAAAUGAGAGAAAGUUGACGUAUAGGAACUUGUGAAUAUUGUGUAUGAUCACUUUGAGUUGAUGAAAAUAUUUCUUUGUUCUUCUUUUGAUAAAAUAUUGAAAAAAAAUACAUUGAGGAAAGUGAACGACAGCACAUUAAUGGCAGUUAAGAAGUGUCACCGGACGAUAUGUUCCUAGAAUUGUGUUUUUAGAAAGCCAAGAUCUCAUUGAUGAUCGCUUUCACAAUGAUCACCGAUGAGAGCAUCGAGAAACAAAAAAAAACGGGCUACAGUGAGUUUCCCAUUGAAAAAAGUCUCUAAAUUACAUUUAAAAAGAAUUAAGGAGUAAAGUAAAAAUUAAAAAUAACUAAAAUACAUGUAAAAUGCUAUGGAAGUAAUUAUUAUAAAUUAUUAUUAAUUACAUAUUUAGUGAGUUAAGGAGACUUUUGGAGGUGAAUAUGAAACGUAAGAAACACACGAGGAGAUUAUAAAAUAGUGAAAAGAAAUUUUGAGACAAGUUGUUGAGUUAAUUCGCAUUGAAAACGAGGAGAAAUGAUAAGAUUAUAAAUAUGUACAUUCAGAAGAAACAUAAAUUUAGAAGGAAUUAACAAUAUCGAGGUCGAUUUCAGUGAUUGAAUGGACUGAAUGUGUGAGAAAAGGGAAUUUUUAAGAGAAUAAUAUUUCGCCGUCGAGCUUUGACCAAAUAAAACUAAAAAUUGCUGAGUAUCGGAGAGCUUUUCCGUCACUAGUGGAUGUUGAUGGGACUCGACAAAUCAUAUUUUCAAGGAAAAGGAAAAAAAGAAACAUUCAAAGAUGAAUAGGAAAACCAAUAAAAAUCAUAUUCAAUUCAUAUCAUUUUGCGUGGAAAGAAGAUUUCCAAAAUAAAGUUGUGACUUUGACGACGGACAAAAGCUCUCUGAAAGCUCAAGCAAUUUUCUCUUGAAUCAGAAAGUCAAACAAUCAAAUUUUUCGGAUGUUUAAAAAAAAAAUUCUUUUUGAAUACUUUCCACAUGAUAAAAAUCUUGAUUUUCUUUUUAAAGCGUCAUCUUAAAUAUUUUACAAGGAAUGAACAAUAGAAAAAAAAUACACAAUCACCAUAAAUUAAAAAAUAGUAAUUUAAAAAUAUAGGAAAAUCAUAUACAAAAAAAAACAUGAGUUCAAUAACUAGUUACUAUUCUUGCAGAGAAGAUGUUUUAGUGUCAGAAGGAUAAAUAUGAGAGUGACAAUUUUAUUUCAAAAUACAUUAGAGAGAGAAAAUAAUUUAAGAAUAGCAUAUAACGAAAUCACUGAGAGAAAAAUCUCGCGAGUUACAUUUCAGAGGCAAUUAAGUAAUUCUGGGGAAAAUCAGCCGGAAAUUUUACUCAAAAAAUGAUAAGAAAAAUCUUCAGUUGACAGAUUCCGAGAAAAAAAAUGAUUCAAACCUCCAGAAAGAUAAGAAAUAGAAAAAAAAUCACACACACACACAUUUUACAUUUAAAUAAAGGAAUUAAAAGGAAAAAGUAUAUAAAAUAUGGAAAUAUUACAACUAAUAAUUAUUAUGAUAUAUUACAAAUAUACAUAUAAAUAAAAAAUUGUGAAUCUUUAUACAAAACGUAAAAUAUUUAUAUAUAUACAUUAAAAUGAAAGGAGAUGAAAGGAUGGAUGAAUAACGAAGAAAAAAAAUAUGAUAUUCCUUUUUAAUCAAUAAAUGAAGAAAAAAAACACACACACAUUAGGAAAGAGAUGAAAAGAAGUUGAAGGUGGGAAAAUCAUGAAAAAAUCCACAAGAAGAGUGAAUAUUGAAGAAGAAUUAAGCUCUGAAAAUACAAGAAAAAUGCAACAAAAACACACACUAUUGACAUCACGAAUAAUUUUACAAUUUUUUCAGUUUUAAGACUAUACAAUUUAAGAAAAUAUAAAAAUGAGAAUGAAAAUCACGAGAGAGAGACAUAAGAAGAAAUAACAAUAAGCGUGAGGAAGGUAUAAAUCCUAGGUGAAUAAAAAAAAAAACAUGAAAAAUAGAGAAAAUAGACGUGAAAAAGAGUGAGGAAGUGAAAAAAAUAAAAGGAACAAAAGCGAAGAAAUUAUUCAAUAUUUUCCAUUGUGAUGAAAUAUAAAAAAAAAGAAUAAAAUGAGAAAAAAAUCAUGUGAAAAACUAUAGAAGCUGAUGAAUAAAAUAAAAAUGUUAUUGAUAAAUUGA